GUGAAAGCUUUUACUCACAGGUUGUCGUAACGUGAUCUUCGACGACUACACUUAAAGAAUUGUGGAUCAAAUACAUGGAUUUUCGUCCAGAAUGAAGUUGAUCAUUUUCUUAAUCUUCAUACCUUUGGUUCAUUCAGAGUUGCACACCUUCAUGACCACAUACACUGGAAUAACAGGCCAGACAUUUACAGGAACUCCAGAGUUUUCUGCUGUAACUACACUGGACGGACAUCAGAUUGAUUAUUAUGACAGUGACAUAAAGAGGAUGAUUCCCAAACAGGACUGGAUGGAGGAGUUUGUAUCUAAAAACACGUGGAGAGAAGACACUGAGACCAGAAAACAUGUGCAGCAGAUCUACAUAAACAACAUUCGUGUUCUAAUGAAGAGAUUCAGUCAGUCACAAGGUGUUCAUACGUAUCAGAGGGUGUAUGGAUGUGAGUGGGAUGAUGAGACUGAAGAAUCACAAGGGUUUGAUGAGUACAGUUAUGAUGGACGGGAUUUCAUCUCACUGGGCGUGAAGGAGCGAACAUACACUGCACAUGUACCACAGGCAGAUCCCACAGUGGAGAAGUGGAAUAAUGAUAAAGAACAGCUUACACUUCUGAAACGAUACUACAAACAUGAGUGUGUUUACUGGCUGACAUAUUUCUUGGAGUUAAGGAAAGCGGGUUUCAAGAGAAGAGGACCUACACAAGAUUACACAGUGGUGUAUGUGACGGGAGUACUGGUUAUUUGUGCUUUUGUACUAAUGAAGCAAGGUACUUUGCAGAAACUAAGGAGGUUUUUACUCAAUGAACCCUAUUACUACAACCGGUUGAACAGCAGAUCGAAGCCUCACACCUUCAUCACCUUUUACACUGAAAUAAGUGGAAAGAUGAUUGCAGGAAUCCCAGAGUUUUCUGCUGUAACUACACUGGAUUAUCAACAGAUUGAUUAUUAUGACAGUGACACAAUGGAGCUGAUUCCCAGAAAGGACUGGAUGAAGGAUUUUGCAUCUAAAGACAUGUGGAAGAAAUACACUGAGAUCAGAGAAAAAGUACAGCAGAUCUAUAAACUCAACAUUCAUGAUCUAAUGAAGCAAUUCAAUCAGUCACCUUCUUCAGGUCUUCACACAUAUCAGAGGAUGUAUGGAUGUGAUUGGGAUGAUGAGACUGGAGUCUCACAAGGGUUUGAUCAGCACAGUUAUGAUGGACAGGAUUUCAUCUUUCUGGACCUGAAGGAGUUCAGAUACUUCACAUAUGUGCCGCAGGGAGUUCAGACAAUGCAGAAGUGGAAUAAUGACAGAGCACAGCGUUUAUUACUAAACCAAUACUUUGAUUAUGAGUGUGUUCACUGGCUGAAAGAGUUCUUGAGGUUAAGGAAAGCAGAUUUAAAGAGAACCGCUCCUCGGGUGUCUCUGUUACGGAAGGAUCCCUCCUCUCCACUAGUCAUGUGUCAUGCCACAGGUUUCUACCCAUCAGGAGUCACUAUUAACUGGUUUAAAAAUGGACAGGAUCAUCAUGAGGAUGUGGAUCUUGGAGAGCUUCUGCCAAAUGAGGACGAGACCUUCCAGAAGACAUCUACUCUUGAUGUUACUCCAGACGAGUGGAAGAAUGACCAGUACACUUGUGUGGUGGAGCACCAGGGAGAAACCAUCCAGAAGAAUCUGACUGAGGAUGAGAUCAAGACUAACUACAGACCGCCCCCCUGGUGGAGAAAACUAUUCUUUCCUUCUGCUGCCAGUGAUUUUAGCAGGACCUACAGAAACACACAUGUACUUCUGUGUGUGAUGGGAGGAUUCAUGUUUGUACUGUAGUCCGUAUGAAAAGCUAAAGUGUGAGCAGACGAUCUGUCAGAAUGAAAAGCAGAGCUACAGUGACAAAUGUUUUUCCAAUCUUUCUCCAGAUUUCAGUC